AUGCCAAUACCCACUCGCUCCCUGUCGUUUCGGGAGCCCCGUAAACAGCCCACUACACUAGGUCGUUCAGCUUCGAUCCGGACAGUAUCCACCAGCACAAAGGCAGCGACGGGCGGUACACCUUCGAAUCCAGCAGCCAGUAACGAAAAUCUCUCGACCCGAGGCAAGAGCUUGUUGCCAGUCCGCGAUGACAGCCGAUCGUCGAGUCCGUUGCGAUCUCAGCCACAACAAGAUAGCCGGAUUGCUCAGCGAGUGAGCAAGCCCGAACAAGACAAGCUAUCCGGCACACCGACCCUGGCGAGUCGUCGCCGAAGUCUGAUUAAACCGACUCCAUUGAAGACCGCCCCUUCUCCUGCGAAGGCUACUACCGUGUCUACAACACCAAGACGAACUAGUUUAGCGCCUUCGCUGCCCUCUCCAGCGAAGCAAAAUGGGCGUCCAACAUCGCCGAAGAAGACAGAAAUGCCUCCCCCGCCUCGGCCGUCGAGGUCGGCUUCUUUGCGACAGCCAGCGAGUUCAAGUUCGGGGCCUCCUACGCCAAGGAGUCAUGCGCGACACCGUAGUCAAGUGAUUCCUCCCACUUCUAGUCAAAUCUCUAGGAAGACAGAUCCGCCAUCGGCACCAAGCACACCACAUUCCAGGACUCAAUUUUCAACCUACCAGCAACAGUCCUCCCCGAAGAAGCUCGGCAGGCCGUCCACCGCUGCCCCAUCGGCUAGUGCAUCUACAGAGCUGGACCCUUCCUUGAUACCCUCCUCACUGCCAGACGUUGCCGCGCUACAAACCGAACUCUUACAGUUGAGCCUUCUGCAUCUGUCUUCGCUGCGAGAGGACGCCGAAUGGAAAGCCAGCGCAGAGAAACAACUACAGAUAAAGUACAACACGGUCGCAGAAAAGUAUCGCUGCGUUGUGAAAGAGGAAAAGGAAUAUCAGCAGCGACUCAAUGGACAAGCGUUGCACUGCUGGCUCAAGAAUUCCAUUGAACAUAAUGGCCACCAAGGGUUUGAAGUACAAAUCCAAGUCCUUUCAGGGGUUGCGCAAGAAGUGUGCGAUUUAUCUGACCUUUUAGGAGGCAGAUUUACGUUAGCCGUGCAGGAAUUUGAAUCCUGGUUCCGGAACGUUGAGGAGAUAAAGACCUGUCGACAUUACCAGGGAGGAUCGGACCUUGAUGUUUUCAUCGACCCUCUCGAUCGCGUUUGGAAGGAAGAAGUGCACGCGGUGACUAUGAAACUUGAAUUAUGCUCGAGGCAACUGCAGAGUCUGGAUAUAAUGGGCUACGGGGAGGUAGAACAGCUGGAAGGUUCCAGCCUUUAUCGGACUGCAAAGGGAUUAGAUGAUAUGGUGAAUUCGAUGAUCGAGGAGUUGAACACCAUCCGUAAGAUCGAAGCGGACGUCGUAAGAUCGGAAAGGCAGUGGGUGAGUCAGCUCAGCCAGCAGGUGGCCUCCACGAGAUCACUGGAGAAGAGGAUCCCCCGAGUUGGAAUGUGGAGAACAUAG